CAUCCAUUUAGGGGUUUUUAGCGACCAGCACCAUCGCUGUGGUCAUCGUCCUUUACGAAGUGCCGCGCCUAUAAAUGCACGGAGCAGUGCCUACCGUGGAUCUUCUAAGAGCCAGACCUGUCUCUCUGUCCUGUUACAUGCCUCGUUACAAGUCCUUUAUAGGAGUAGCAGAAUUUGUCAGAUCCACGUCCAAUCGUCAGGAGAGAAAAAUCAGCGGACAAGAGCAUCGCGCGACUUCAUUAACCAGCUUGUGAAGUGAGACCUUGGACCGACCCCUUUGGGAUGUUGCUGACGUUGCUGCUUCUGUUUGCCGCUCUCAGUGCGGGCGAUGCGCAGGUUCGUCUGUCUACCCAUAAAGUGGACAUAUUGCUCGGCGAACAAGGUGGCUUCAAUGUUUCCCUCAGCGAUGGGACGGGACGGACCGUCCCAGUUCACGUCUACCCCUGCGGCGACAUCCUGGCAUCACCCGAGAACGUCACCUUCUGGCUGACAGGAAACGAGACACGGUGGAUCAAUGUCUCGGCCAAUAGGGUCGGACACGCAGCCGUUGCUGUCACCUGUAUGCGUAUAGAGCGCUUCGUGGACGUGAAUGUGUCCAAGAUUCGCUGGUUGAACAUCAUCAAUGUGGUCUUCGGCUGGAUCUACUUUAUCGCCUGGUCCGUUUCGUUUUACCCUCAGAUGUACAUCAACUGGAAACGGAAGAGUGUGGUGGGACUGAACCUGGACUUCGUCUCCUUGAACGUGACGGGAUUCGCGGCCUACUCCGCUUUCAAUCUUGGACUGUUCUUCAGCAGUGCUGUUCAGGAGGAGUACCUGUCGGUGCAUAAGGCCGGAGGGAUCCCCGUCGAGGUGAACGACAUCGUCUUCAGUGUUCACGCUUUCUUGGCUGCCUCUUUCACGGCCAUUCAGUGCAUCAUCUACGAACGUCGGGACCAGACGGUGUCGUUGGCUGUGCGCUUAAUUCUUGGCGCCCUUUGGCUCACCAUCGUGGUCUUCCUACUGGUCACCGUGGCCGGCUUGAAUUCCGUCAACCCGUGGCUCACCUUCCUCGACUUCGUGUCCAGCAUCAAACUCGCAAUCACCUUCGUCAAGUACAUUCCGCAGGCAUACUUCAACUUCCGGAGGAAGUCCACCGUUGGCUGGAGCAUCGAAGGCAUAUUCCUGGAUUUUACGGGCGGCACUUUUAGCAUGCUCCAGAUGUUUGUCGUCGCCUACAACUUCGACGACUGGACGUCGUUCUUCGGCAAUGUGACCAAGUUCGGGCUCGGCGCCGUUAGUAUCGUAUUCGAUAUCAUAUUUGUGCUUCAGCACUAUGUCUUCUUUCGCCACAAGCCAAGUCCUCUUCUUGAAGACGUCCAAGACUCCGAGGACACCCAAGGCUCCGAAGCAGUCGCUUGAGGACCUGUUAUUCUACAGAUGCUACAUACUGCGUCUAAUCGAAUUCCCGACGACCACACGGUAUACCGGCGUCGUUUUCGUCCCAACCAAAGAGAAGUUGGAAGCCGACGAAGCUUGCUACUCUCUGUGACAAGCUCGUACUUCGGGGCAAUCCUUCCAUCAAAUCACUUCAUUCAGCUCAAGAGCUAUCCUCGAACUAUGACGUGACGGAAACCGCUGUUUUGGGAAACCGCGACAGUUUCCGUAGUGUUAAAAUCAUUCGACCUACAUAGAGUGGAGAGAGCAACGAAGUACUACGUGUACAGUGCCGUGCAUCGGAUGGACGACUUUUCUAUUGUCAUUUUUUUUUUACGGCCUGCACUUGAUCGAGGAAACUGUAACAGAAGCCAGUCAAGGAACAAUGUGGUUGUGCAAGGAUCAAACCCACACUGCUUCCAGUUUUCGUCUACUAUUUUAUGGCUGUAUUAGUCGUAAUGGUCGACGCACUGUAAUCAAAUUAGGAAGGUGGAGGUUCGAUCACUGUCUGUGCGGUGCAGAUUCACUCUUCCGUGUUGCAAUUGUGUCUACUGCCUCCAGAGUAAGAACUGUUUACGUAUCUGUUUUUUUUUUCUUUUUUUUCUGUGUGUUCUCACAUUUGACGGUUGGUAGGAUGGGACAGAAAAGAUGUGUUAUGCACAUCGUACAGUGACCAACUUCGUGCCUAUUCUUGUUCCUGCAUCUCAGCAUUACCGUCGGCUGUGUCCAACUGGAUGUUGUCCAAUAGGUGGGGUUUCGGUUGAAAUAUCGCCGGAUGCUAAAUUGUCUCAUAAGCUAAAAAUUGUUUAGUACAAAGUUUCGGAAGAGAAACAGAAACAAAGAAGCAGCCUGUCAUAGCUGCCUCGGA